GCAUACAAACGUAAACGGUAAAAAAUGUUUUGCUUGGGUUUAGUUCGGUAGCAUCCUAAUUUUGAACGCCUAAUAUUAGAAUUAGCAGUUAGUUUGUAAAAUAUCUUCAUCGUUUUCGGUGUGUUCUCCGAAAUUUAACAAAUGGAGGCUCUACUGCCAUCGGAAAUUGCAAGACUGGUUUUCGGAUACCUUGAAGACCAAAAAUGCAAUGAGGCUGCCAGAUCGUUUUUGGAAGCCUCGCCACACCUGCAUGAAUGUCGCACUGCUGUAUUAAAUGGCAGGCGUUUCAACACCCGUGUCAACGGAUAUACACUUAUUGAUAUAUUUGAUAAAUUUUCGGCCGCUCACUUACUAGUGCAGGAGAGAUUGACUAAAGUUGCGGAUUGUGAGCAGGUUAAACAAUGUGGUGAUUUGUUGGACCAGUUGCGAUUUCUGAUUGGAGGAUCUCGAGGACAACGUUUUGUAGUAAACAUCAAUGUUCCAUCACAAGCGAGUUCUCCAACGUGUGGCGCAUCUCCAUUAAUAACUAGUAGUGUACGUAAAAGGUAUCACAGUGCCAGUGAUAGAGACCGUUCAAGGCGUUAUCCAAAACCGCUGCACCAACUAAGUGAAAAACAGACUGAGCCAGUGACCAGUCAGUUAGGUUUCGAAACAGUAGAAGCUACUCCACUGGAAAGCUUACCUGGUCACACAUAUUUGAGCAGCAUACCCCAUCAGCCUGAGCCAUCUACUAGCCAUGACAGUGAUGGUGUUUACUGCACCUCAACAAAAAAUGAUUACACUGAUCGCUCCCCUUUGGGCGAUUUUUCAUCUCUUACCAAACAGAUAUGUCACGAUACGAGAUUAUCUGACCAGGGAAUGGAGCAGGAAAAUUCGAGUGGAAAAUCGGAGAAAUGCAAUACAGUUCUGGUAGACGCGACAGAUAAAACGGAGUUAAAGCAGACAGACAAUGAGGAAAACAAGAACUUAAUGCUCGGAGGAAAAACAAUGGCUACUAGUACUGAUGAAUUGACCACAUACUCCAGCAUCGAAGUACAAACCACUCCGUACGCACUCUCCGAAUCAGAGUCGAAUGAGCUGGAUGAUGAGCCAAUUGAAAAUUUAAGCUUACUGACCAAAGAACUACUUAAUCGGACGGAAUUGCAAGAAAGAAUAGCUGAAAAUAUAAACAAAGCAAUACUUCCCAUAGAAAUGCCUUCUAAGGAUGAAAGCAUUUGUGAGUCUAUGGGCGGCGAGCUGAACACCUCGAUCAUGGCUGAGCUGAAUAAUGCAAUUAAAUCCAUAGUCGCAGCGACAGAAACGGAUCCAGUAUUUGAAAAUUUUUUGGACGAGAUCAUAGGACCAAAUAUGGAUACCGAUACCAGUCCAGACGAAGAGCACGACGUCAGAGUUAGUUUGGAACCUGCCACAAAUUCUAGAAUUCAAACAGAACCAUCUAAUACCGCUGUAGUUGAUAUGGAACUGGAAGAAGUCACUUCAGUAGUAUCCACUAAAAGUAUGAGUUCAAAUGGCACAACAGACUUACCACUGAAGCACAGGUUACGUAGUUCAUCUCGACAACAGAAUAGUAAACUGGAGGAUGAAAGAGACAGACCAAAAGAUGUUGAAAGAGUUGAUAAUGCUCUUGAAGAUCAUAAUGCUGAAGCUAUUUGGAGUAUUAUUAAUGCAAACAUUGUUGGAAAUAAACAGAUAUUGGACAAAAGUCCUGCGAUCGGAAAUGCUGCAGCAGCAAAGCCUGCUGUGGCUAUCCAAUCCACUGAAUUGUCGCAAGCUGUAUCAAUUCCUCCUGCAAAUCAGAUCGCAGACAGUACUGAAGUAAUGGAAAAUGAUGUUACCAGCGACAAAAGUAGUGAGAAACCAGCUGUUGAAAAGCUCGUUUGUCUAAAUUCUAAUUCUGAGCCAAAAAGCAAUCAGAGUGAUCUCAUUAGUGAACAAGAAAUGAUGGCUAUGCCUACAUUAAUCGUUUGUUCUGCAGAAGAAAUGCGCGAUAGUAUCAAAGCAGAUAAUCUGUCCUCAUCUCGAUCAAGUGUGUCUUACCCUGAACCUCGAUUUGUUCCCAUUGCCCCAAAAGGACCUGAUUGUUUGGCGCCAAUGCAGCCAUUGUAUCUCAGAGCUGUACAAGUUCCAGUAAAAGUUCAAUCAAAAAUUCAACCGCAAGUCGCUACCAAAGUAGAGAAAAUGAAAACGAAAUCUCCAUCAUCACCACAGGUAUCAAGAGCCAAUACAAAGUUCAAUCGCAAGAUGAUGAAAAAAAGGAAAAAUCCUAAGUCCGCUAUUGUACCGACAAAUACCGCUGUAGAGUCUGAAACUUCGUCAGUUACAAACACAGAACAGGCUGGUCCUGCAGAAGUUGAAUCUAUAACACUUUAUGCAAAUGACAAUAGCUUUGGUACGCUAAUCGAAAAUGCAGGGAAUAUGCCAAUCAUAAAUCUUGAUGAUACGGCUUUAACCAGUACCGGUUUCUCGCCUUAUCUGAAAUUUCAUGAUAGCAAAAAUAUCGCACCAAAGUCCAACAUAUCAUCCGUAAAACUGUCCAGUGAUAUUCCGAUUGAACAAUUAGAUGCAGAUACCAAGGUUGACGAAUCCAAAGUAUUGCCUCAUACAGAGAAUAUUUUAUUCGCUCGAAGAACUCCAAAGUCGUUGUUAAGAAGUAGGUCCAAAAAUAACAGAUUAAGCAUGUCGACCCCUCGAAGGCGAAGCAAUCACAUCAGAGCACUGGAUUUUAACACCCCAACGAAAUCAUCAAAUUCAGAGCAGAAGAUAGGCAGCAGCAAGAGUGUACAAUUUUCUCCAAAAUCGUCUAAACGCAUAAAAUCAGCUUGUAGAACAAGUCUCUUCAAGUCUCCACCUUUUUCUGGUUCGGUAACGAUGUCACAGAAAAUAAGAACACCAGCGAAAGAUCGACAGUUAUACAAAGUACCAAUUGCUACCAGAAGCCCAGCUCCAAAGUUACUCGGAGGCUGGGAUAAGUACACUGGCGUCGGAAUGAUCCUUGGUGGCACAUCACCACAUCCCAGUUCCUCAUCGACAUCCCUCGAACAUGAUGAACCACCGCCCUGUUCUCAAGCAAAAUCCUCUUCAUGCACCGUGAAAAAAAGUUGGGAUGCCGAUCUCAGACAAGCUUUACAAGAAUAUCAACAACCUUCGUGUUCAACAUCGGUAGUGAAAAAGGCACCUACAAAAGUGAAAAGUAGAGUUGGAAAAAGCUGUAGCACAGAUAGAGUAGAAAAUGCUUCAAAAUCUGAAGGAAGUGAAAAUGACGAACAGUCGAAGUAUGGCAAAAUAAUAGACCAGAAUAAAUCUAAGUUGAUUAUAAAACAGGGUGAAAAAUGUUUUGACAAAGUUAUAUCUGAUGAAGUUGCGGGUGUUAUUCCUACAGUAGGAAACAACUUAGAGAUAUCACUGCAAGAAAAUAACUCUGCUUUGAAUAUCAAUGUCGAAUUAGUGAUGCAAAACGAUGCGCAGAUCGUUACCUCGGAAUCGCGGGAUAAACACGCUCAAAAAGAUCAGACGGAAUCCUGUGAAGGCCAAAUUAAAGUCAAAGAAACAGUAAAAUCUGCAACUGAUCUAAGUAAAACGAAAGAAAAGCCAAGUGUUAAAAAAUAUGCUAAAUUAAAAACAUUGGAAACAAAAAUUUCAAAACACAAGUAUGAUCAUCAAAUCGAAAGCACAACUGUAUGCCCUGUUGAUUCCAGCCAAAGGAAAAGUGAAUGUUUAAAAGUUUCUCCUGAAACUCGUAGUCAAACAGCUCGCAUAUCGCAAAUGGUUGAUUUAGAAACUCCAAGAAAAGUUAUUAUUUCUUCUGAUAUCCCUCCCACUCCAAGAAUGCUCAGUCCAAGUAGCGCUACUAUAACUCCAUUUACGAAAAUGACCCUGGAAUUAAGUAAAGUUCCAGGUUUCAUAAGUACGCCGGAUUUUCCGCCGACUCCGAACAUAGCGUUAACGCCAAAAACAAUGGAAGAAAAUACGAUUGAUGCGAUCAAAAAAGGAGAAUUUGGAACAUGUUCGCCGUAUUAUCAACCAAGUACAGAACAGCCGAAUAUUUUAGAAAAUGUGUUCAGUAGACCAAAUAACUCGAAAGAAAGUGAACCCGAACUUGUACCCGUUGCAUCAUCCAUGAUAACGGACCCUGAUGUUAUGCUCAAUAGUAGAGUGGACAAUGAUUUUAUAAGAAGUACGUCAACGCGUAAACCAGAGAUAGAAAUAACACAGUUUGAAGUAAUAAAGGAAAAUUUAUCAAAAGAAGAAGCUGACAAGGAAUUAAAGAUAUCAACAAAUUCUAUUAUGAGUACUGAAGUACUAUUACCUGAAUUGAUAAAUAUGAGGCCUACGGAUAUUCAAGAACAGAUUGGAGUGGAAAAUGUUUUUGAACGAUCCCCACAAAAUCAGAGUAAUAAUUCCACAAGUGAAAAUGAAUCAAGCGACUCGUCAUCAUCUGACACUAGUUCAUCUUCAUCAUCUUCGUCAUCAUGUAGCUGCUCCAGUUUUGCAACUACAUCUACGCCGUUCAAGUCGGUAACAAAAUGUAAAACGAAAUCUAAUGUGUGCGAUACCAGCAUUGACUCUAGCGCCAAAACUCAAUUGCAUGUACCAAAUACUCACGAUUUAAUAAGUAAACUUUCUCCCAUAACUGCAAAUGACGGCAUUGGUGCAGUAGAAAGUAACAAAAAUCUCAUUCAAAUGCAAAAAACUUCGUCAUUAGAAAGAGGAGAAACAUCACCUCUAAAAGUACUUCCACUGAUUAAGACUCAGGAGGAGGUGGACGCUUCAACAAAGGAAACACCAGCUAAAGAUGAGGCACUACUGUCAGAGGCUAAUAUUUCGGAAACCCCUAGUAGCUCUAAAUCUGGAGUAGAAAGUUUAACGAAUUUAAAUUCGAAACUUUCUGCAUUGGACAACUCUGGCUGUGAAGAUAGUUCAAGACAGAAUCAAGUAGUUAAUAAGACUCAUAUUCAUCCUUCGACAAGACUGAAACCGAAGAUUAUAAGCGUGCAACACUUUUUGCCAGAUGUAUCGCUUGCUCUCAAGCCACCAUUGUUAUCUGAAAUCGUAAGCAGUACAACACAACCUUCGAAUAGCCAAGUCUCCUUAACAUCCGUUACAUUAGAUGGUAAGCUUGGUAUGCAUUUAGAAGAAAAAAGAUUGCGUCUUAUGGCCAAGCUAAAAAGUAAUCCUCAGACAAAGAUAGCUCCACAUAAAGUUAAAAUCAAACAAGUAAAUUUAAAUGCGAAAAUCAAUGCUAAAGAAAAACUUAAUACAGCAAAAUUUUCCACCCAUGGACAGAGAAAGCGUUUGACUCAAACCAAAUCAAAAAACCAAGUUAUUCAGAGUUCACCAAAAAAAAAUCUCAAUGCGAAAAACAGUAGCAAAGCACCUAACAAACGGAUUUCGGAAAAUGAAAGUGUUGAGGGAGUUCAGCUUACGCAAUCCAAAGAUGCCUCGGUGAAAUUCAAUUCUAAAGACUGCAAACAGGAGAAAUGUGACGCAGCUAAAAGCGGAAUAAAGAAUUCAUCUAAUAUUAAUAUACAGAAAAGUUCUACGAUAAAAAAGAAAGAUGGUAAUGCACCUCUGAAAAGUAAAAAAUCGGUCACGAGCGUACGAAAUCGGCAAGUGCUUCAAGAGACUGCCAAAGUUGAGUGUCCUUCCAAAAUUCAUGAUGCGAUGAGGAGUGAAGAUCCGUUAACAGUGGGUUUGACUACAUUAGAUUGCGACACCUCACAACCAACAAAUUACACGGAAUUGAACGAAGACCUUAGAGCUACUAGCAGAAUGAUUGAUCCAGGACAUUCAACCAAACUUGUAGCAAUUGCAUCUCAAAAUUGUGAAACGAUCUUUGAAAAAGAUUCCAAUGAGAAAGAUAACAUAAUCGGAGUUAGAACAACAAAAUUUUCAUCCAGCUCCAAAGAAGAUGAGGAAGGUGCUGUAGAAAAUAUCACUAUUCCAGUGAAAAAAAGUCAGACAGUUCAGUUGUCUAAGGUGGAUCAGAUCAAAAGGGAUCUUUUUAGUGACGAGGAAAAUAGCGAUCAGAGAACUACUCGUUCGAAAACCCGUCAAUUAUCAGAUGCGCAAAAAAGUGAACAUUUACCUUCUAUGCCUGUUUCUAGCGCUCAAUCCGAACCAAAGACUUGUGAGAUUGUGGCAAAGAAACCAAAAGAAGAAUUAACAAAUGUUUUAGAAUGUUUGAAAUUAGUUCCAGCGAAUAAAACUGAAACAAUUGAGAAAACAAGCAACAGUUCUCAAUUACAUAUUAACGAGUUAGGUGAAUAUCAGUUUUUCCAUACUGAUUCCGUAUCAAUAAAGAAAAAGAGAACAAAGUUUGGUAGCAGUAGUUUAGAGUAUGUAAUAUCUCAGAAUCUUGACAAUGGAGCAAUAUGUCGGCAGGCAAUGACACCCACCGCCUAUGAAGAAAUUUUUAAUCAUUCUCCAAGACCCAAGAAAAGAGUAAUGGCUAAGAAGCUGAAGAUGAAAAGUUCGAAAUCCAUAAAAGAAGAGACUCUGAAUCCCACGAGUACAUUUGGAACAAAAUUUGAAAACGACAUAAUGGAGCCAUCACUUACUUCGUCUUUGAGCGUAAAAUUAAAAACUGCAUCAUCCAAUGUUAAUAAGAAUGAUACAAAAACACAAACCAAGGGCCUCAAGUUAAUUAAAAAAGAUGAUGAAACAAAGCAUGAAGAUGGCAAUCCAGUUUCGGAGAAACGGACAACCUUAGACUCAGUAGAAGAUCAACCGGUUGAAAAGAAACGACGUAUUGCUGACCCGCAAUCAUUAUUGAAGAAAUUAGACCUGGACCUCUUUCUAACGUCUGUUCAUGGACCUGUCGGACAAUAAUACAUUUUGUUUGAACAUAUAACUAAGUGUACAUAGGAAGA